CGCCCAUUUUUCUCUCUCCUCCCGAGAGCUCCUCUCUCCUAGGGUUCGCUGGCCUCGUCUCUUCCACUCGGACUCUCCUCAUUCCUCUUCGUCUACCACACAGAGGGCGGAAGCGAGCAACUUGAGACCUCAUUCCUCCUCGUCUACCGCACAGAGGGCAGAAGCGAGCAACCUGAGGCCGUUAUUCCUCUGUUUUGAGUUUAGGGUUACUUCCACCAUCGUUCGGCACGUUCUGCCGUAGAGUCCCAUGACCCCAAGCUCUUGCUGUUAGCACAACAAGUUGGAGGAUCUAACAGUGAGGUGGACGGAUGGAAUUUUACUGACAGGCAGCAGAGAACUCAGAAACGUAAACAGGUUUUGGGCGUCUUCCUAGGGUGUCUGUCGCAGUCUACCCUUCUGCCCGAACCCCCUUUCUGCUACCAUCACACAGAGGACGGCAAGACCAGCAAGCGUCCAUUAUUAAUCAACAGAGAAAAGAAAAAAAAAACGAAGGGGAUUAAAAAAAAACUACGACAGAUGGGAGCAACUUGUCCAACCUGAAGGAUCUGAUCUGGUGUGAAAGAAGGAUAUGGGGAAUGCAGAAUUUUGCCUGUUGGCUUAGAUGGUAUGAGAGUUGAAAGUGUUCGGACGGUUUCGUUCCUGCUGUCUUGGUGAUUUUGGGUUUCUUGGAGAAACGCUGGCUGAAUUAGGUUGCUGGAGUGGUGCGGCGACAGGAAUGAAAGUGAGAGUUGGGGAAUCUUAAUCGUUGGGAGUUGGGUUUGUUUAUAGGUGCGUCGAGAUGAUGGACAGAACCAGAAGUGUGAUCGAGGGGCUUGUAAAGGAAGGGUCUUUCAAAUGGGUGUUAGGUGGCAAGGAUUCUGACAGUCAGGUGCAUGAAGAGAUGGGAAGGACGGGUUCAGGGCGCCGGAAAUGGUUCUUAGAACUGUCCCCAAUUGCUAAUUCCGUCGUGCAGCAGUGCUCGAAACUUCUGAAUAUUCCCAUGGAUGAGCUGCGCCAUAACUUUGAUUCUGAGGCUUCAGACUCUAUCAAGCAUCCAUUGAAGUUUGGACGAAACUUCUUAGAGUAUUGCUGUUUCCAGGUUCUUGCUCUAGUUACUCAAGAAAAUGGACAUCUAAGUGAUAAAAACUUUCGUUGGCUUACCUAUGAUAUGAUGCGUGCCUGGGAAUUCCCACAAGCCACCAGCCAACCUUUGCUUCAUGUUGAUUCAGACAAUAGUGUUGGAAAAGAGGCUUUUUGCCGGAUAGCUCCAGCGAUACCAGCUAUUGCAGAUGUUGUUACAUGCCAUGAUCUUUUUGAUGUACUUACCAGUUCAAUUGGUGGUCGUCUAACUUUCUCCACCUAUGAAAAGUAUCUUGGUGGGCUGGAAAGGGAAAUCAAAGCUGUGAAAAGCCAGUCAGAAUCAUCUCUCAUUUUUACACCCCGAGCAGCUAGAAAAGAAAGAAUCAUUGAAGUUGAUGGCACAGUGACCACACAACCAGUGCUUCAACAUGUUGGUGUCUCUACUUGGCCAGGCAGAUUAAUUUUAACAGACUAUGCACUUUAUUUUGAACCCCUCCGUGUUGUAUCCUAUGACAAAGCAAAGAAAUAUGACUUAUCAGAGGAUUUGAAGCAGGUUGUGAAGCCUGAGCUUACUGGCCCAUGGGGCACACGGCUUUUUGACAAGGCAGUUCUUUACAGUUCAAUGUCCUUACCAGAACCAGUGAUCAUGGAGUUUCCAGAGCUGACAGGUCAUUUACGCCGUGACUAUUGGUUGUCUAUAAUUCGGGAGAUCUUAUAUGUCCACAGAUUUAUCAGAAAAUUCCAGAUUGAGGGAGUUGGGUGUGAUGAGAUUCUUUCUAAGGCUGUUUUGGGUAUUUUGCGUAUAAGAGCAAUAGAAGAUGUUCUCCGUUCUCUGCCUUCUAACUGUGAGAAUCUUCUGAUGUUCAACCUUUCUGAUCAGCUUCCUGGAGGUGACUUGAUUCUAGAAGAACUUGCCAACUCUUUGGUGACACAAGAGUCUGAUAGGACAAGUAAUAAAUCAACUGGAAGCAAAAUGCAGUCUGUCUCUGCUCUAUCCACUCUUUCUCAGUUAGGAUCCCUAUUUGCGGGGGAAUCAACUGCUGGUCAUGGAACAGGACUUCCAAUUGGUGAGAUUGUAGUUGGGGAGAUGACUUCCUUGGAAAGAGCUGUUGCUGAAUCAAGAAGUAGCUAUAAAAAGGUGGAACAUGCACAAGCUACUGUUGACGGAGCAAAAGUUGAGGGGAUUGACACUAAUUUGGCUGUAAUGAAGGAAUUACUCUUUCCUGUCACUGAGCUGGGGAGUCGUCUUCUUUCCAUUUUAUCUUGGGAUGAUCCCUUAAAGUCAGCAUUAUUCUGUAUUAUGGUUGCUUAUAUUAUUUGCAGGGGAUGGAUUUUGCGAGCAUUCAGUGUUUUGCUUCUCUUCAUAGCAAUCUUCCUGCUUCUUACGAGGAUUUUCUCACAAGGCAGACCAGUCACUGAGGUCAAAGUAGUUGCUCCACCCCCAAAGAACACGAUGGAGCAACUUCUUGCUGUGCAGAAUGCUAUUGCUCAGUUCGAGGAGUUCAUUCAGGAUGGAAAUGUCAUCCUCUUGAAAUCGCGAGCAGUGCUCUUGGCUAUCCUUCCUCAGGCAACGGACCGGGUUAUCAUAGCAUUGGUUGGCGUAGCGCUCUUUUUGGUUUUUGUUCCUGUAAAGCUCGUAGUCCUGUUGUUGUUCCUGGAGAUCUUCACAAGAAAUUCGCCUCCAAGAAAAGCUAGUACGGAGAGGUGGAUGAGGAGGCUCAGAGAAUGGUGGUUCAGUAUCCCAGCUGCUCCUGUGGUUCUCGAGAAAGCCACUGAAGAAAAGAAAAGGAAAUAAAAAACCAAGCAACCAUUUGUUUUCUCAUGUAUAAUCCCCCACCACGGCCAUAAAAUGUACAAUAAAAUAUAUUCCAAGCAUGAUAUCAUGAUUAUGGAAUUUAGCCUGAUGCAUU